AUAGACCACUACAGCGUUACAACGACUCGGCGGAGACUUCCUUCGGCAGAAGAUUGGAUUAAAUCAGACCCAGUGCCCCUUAUGUCUUUACGUUAAUUGUGUGGAGAGACACGAUAAUAAAAGUGAAAAAUGGAACUCUUAUUGUACUGUUGCUGUUUUAUACUGAUUCUAAAGACAGGAUACUCGGUUCGACAUGGAACCAACCUCGUGUGGUCGAUGAAUCCUUUAGUGAACGGAAAAGCAAGGAUUGUUGGAAUUGAAGGCGAUCCCAACGAGUGGAUACCAAGUGGAAACGUAACCGUGCGCCACAUCAGCGCGCCGCACUCCGCGUGGCAGUUCCGUGGGCUGGCAUUCCACUUCCGGCAGAAGACGUUGUACUGGAGCGAGAAGAGCAAGGAGCGGAUCCAGGGACUGAUGCUGGUCAACCGCUCCACCACCACCCAAACCUUGUACACGGGGACCUCUGGAAGUAUUGACGGAAUGGCGGUAGACUGGGUCUCCAAUAAUCUGUAUUGGGCGGAUCCUAAAUACAACUUAAUUAUGAUGAUAGCAUUGAAAGACAACAAGACAGACGAGGAUCCAUUUUACAGACAGAUUGUCAAAACAGACCUGGAGAGUCCACAUGGUUUGGCGGUUUAUCCACAGAAAGGAUAUCUCUUUUGGAGUGACUGGGGUUUUUAUCCGAAAAUCGAAGUAUCGGACCUACUGGGACUGAACAGGAGGACGGUGGUGUCGGACGACAUGUUGUCUCCCCGGGGGAUGGCGAUAGAUUACAAGGAGAAUCUGUUGUACUGGGUGGACAGCCACAAAAACACGAUAGAGAGCGUCCAGUUCAACGGAAACAGCAGACGAAUCAUCGUCUCUCACGCAGGCGCCAAAUUCUUUGGAGUUGCAGUAUUCGAGAAAUACCUCUUCGCGACAGAGCAGAUAGACGGACAUCUGAGAAUAUACGAUAAAAAUACAGGAAAGGGCUACAUCAACUACCAGCUGGGGUAUAUCCCAUAUGACGUCAUAAUGUAUGACGAAUCAUCCCAACCGGGAAACUCUUCUGAAUGUGACGAGCUUGACUGUGACCAGAUCUGUGUCAACAUGCCCCUGACUGGUCCCAGGUGUUAUUGCGGGGACGGGUACGAGCUCCAAGAAGACCAGAAAACAUGUGUUGCGUCCAACUUAUUUAUUCAGCCAGCACAUAUCUACGCCAUCCGUGACGCCAUCUGUCAGUAUCCCGCCAACUUUGGUCACAUGUCCUUGAAAAACGUGACCUUGGACAAGCAAUGCUUCAUCAAGACCAGGAAGGGGUUCAUGGCGCUAGCCUACGAUGGCGACCAGAGGACGCUGUUUUACUCGGAAAACUCCACCAAGAGUAUCAGCAAGGUCCAGUUGAGACGCGGGGAGUACACACAGACCAUCGUGAAGGCUAUAGGGAUCGUCAAAGGAUUAACGUUUGAUUGGAUGACGAAGAACCUGUUUUGGACGGACAGUCUGUACAAAUGGAUCAUGGUCUCCCGGCCGGACGGACGAUUUCAAAAGAAACUCAUCACCGACAACCUCGUGGAUCCGCUGGGCAUAGCAGUCCACCCGGGACGAGGAGAACUGUACUGGAGUGACCCCGGCAGAGGUGUGAUAGAGGUGUCAGCAUUAAAUGGAGGCGGCAGACGACAGCUACCAAUAACCGACCUGAAUCACCCAAACCAUCUCUACCUGGACUGCACCAACGACAUACUGUACUGGGCUGAUUCCGGACUUAACCAAGUUGCUAGUUACGACCUUGACUUGGACAUGACGUCGGUUGUUUAUAAACAACAAUCGGCCAACUUUUAUGGCAUCAGUAUUUUUAAGGAUUACAUUGUAUGGACGGAUCAGAAUGAUAUGAAUGGUAUUCACAUAGCAGACAUACAAACCCAGAACAAAGUCAGAGGAAUUCUACACCCGCAGACUGGGCAUGCGCUAGACGUCAUAGCCUAUGACGUUCUAAACCAACCAAUUCUAGAUGUUUCCUGUGAAGAAAACAACGGGUACUGUGACCAGCUCUGUCUUGGAUUGUACAACGAGUCCUACGUCUGCGCAUGCGGAACAGGGUUUCAACUUGACACAAACUUGCGUUCUUGUGUAUCAGGUUUAGUUCGAGAAAAUUUUGUGAUAGCAGCCGACUCUUACCAAAAGCAACUCUAUCAAGUGGAUUUGUCCACUGGUGAUGUCCACGUGAUAGCACCGGAUGUGACGCACAACCGACCGAUCGCUGUGGCGUUUGACCCCGUCAAAAAUCAGCUGUACUGGACGGACAAUGACCGAGCGGAGGGAAAGGCGAUACAGAGGAUCAACAUAGAGGGCAGACAGGCUGAUAUAGUCACAACUCUCUCUGAAGACUCCAUCAUUGACGGCCUGGCCGUAGACAGCGUGAAUAGAUUACUGUACUAUACGGACACAGGAUUGGAUCGUAUCAUGGUGGUCGCCAUUGACAACACCCUCAUCUGUAAGACAGUGGUGAAGGACGCCUUGGAUGAACCGCGGGCAAUAGCCGUGCACCCACUGAAAGGACUCUUGUUUUGGUCGGACUGGGGCCGGAAUCCUAAAAUUGAAACGGCCAACAUGGAUGGAACGGGUCGCCGGCUACUUCUGAAUAUGACGGGGAUUUCCUGGCCAAAUGGAAUGAUAAUUGAUUACAAAGAGGACAUUUUGUAUUGGGUGGAUGCUAAACAGAAUACCGUAGAGGCCAUGUCGUUGGACGGGAAGAGCAGACGACUGGUCGUAGAAGAGUCUGAUGCUCAUUAUUUUGGAAUCACUUUGAAUGGAAACAAUCUUUUGAUAACUGAUUGGAAAACUAAUUAUCUAAAAAGUAUUCCAAAGUUGACAAAAGAUGGAGGGUCAUCUCAGAUUACACGCAUCGGUCCAGACGCCUUUUCACGGUUGAAUGGAUUAGUUUCUUAUAACUCGACAUAUGUUUUGAAAGGCGCUAGUGGAUGCACCGGGGUAUUUUCCUGUGAUCACAUAUGUAUACCCCUUCCUCAAAAUCGAUUUGUUUGCGCAUGCGCCGAUGGUUAUGAAGAAUCAGGAUUCAAAUGUAUUAAAACAGAUGUGAAUGCUCCAUCGAUAGAUUCUCCAGGAAAGGUCAAGCCAGGGUCACGGGCGUCCAGUCAAUACAUAACUUACCCUACCUCUGGCCUCUCGAAGGGAGGAAUCAUCGCUAUAGCUGUCGUCUCCGUGACAGCUUUCAUCAUCCUUAUCAUAUCAGCCAUGUUUUUAUUUACACGAUGGAGAUCGGGUAGAAUCCGCCAUCAGCGGUUGGAGGACUCCCCUGACAAUCAAGUGGACAGCUUUUACAGAAUCACGUUUCCUGACAAGCAGCAAGAGUCUGUUAGUUUUGAUUCAGGAAUUGACCAGUAUGAUCAGACUCACAGGCAGUGAGUGUUAAGACUUCCAUUACCAUCCAUUACUGGGGAUAUCGAAGCCAUUUCUGCUUUUGUUGUAAGAGAGGAGAAACGAUUUUAGUCAAUCACUAUGACGGCAAUCUGUGAUUGAGAGAAGCGAAUUAUAUCCCGACACAGAAACAAAUAAUGACAGAUAUACAGCAGAAACUUGAUUUGCACUUUCCCCGUGAUUUCAAAGUAGCCAGAAUAUGGCUGUUAUCUCGAAGCAAAGAACACUUCAUAUUUUCAAGUAACGUGUAAUUUACGACUGUCACAGUUAACCAUUUUUGCAACUACCCUUGUACAUCAUUUCACUUGUAGAGAACAACAAACAAGUACCAGAAAGGUGAACUUCAAAGUCUGUAUAUAUGUGUAUACUUUCACCACUUUCAGUUUCACAUGAAAUUGAUGAAUUUUCUUGAGAAUAUUCACGAUUUAUGGAAAAAGAAUCCAAACUAUACAUUUGUUGAUAUCAUAUGUCGCCACUGUACUUCAUUUUAAUCAAUUGUCUUUCAUCUUGUAAAUAUCUUUCAUUCAUAUUAUCAUUUGUUUUGUUUCCUAAUGAUGGCACAUUUGUCACUAUAAGAAAUCGCAAAUGUACCUGAGUAAAAAAAUUGUGUGAUACACAUGUUUUCGCAUGAAUUUUAUAUAAGUUCAAUUAAAAUUCAAUGUAAUAUUCUUAUUAUUUUGAUAUCGCAAAAAAAAAUGUUAACCUUUUCAUUAGAAAAAUAUUCGAAUGUUCUUUGCUGAUGUUAGCAAAUAAAUUGUACUCGCCCUCGCAUUGCUUAUAAUAAAGAUUUAAAUGUCAAAGAAAGGAAUGCUUUGAAAAGUCCGAUAGUAUAUAUUAUAAAAACAAUAUGUAAAAUAAAUUGAUAUUAAAACA